GGAUACUGAGCAAAAAAAGUAACUAUGUUUGGACUCCUUUUUUUCAUUUUAUUUACCCCUGGAGUCAGUGAAUUCAUUUGUACAUCAUCAGAUCUUGAAAUGUCAUAUACUUUUUGCGAUUCUGCAGCUCAUUCUUUCAUGUUUAAUCUGACACCUUGCAGCACAAAGAACAAACCUAUCUGGAAGGCUGCUCUUACCUGGAUUCCAAGAAGUGACAUCCACUUUUUGAAGAUUGUCUUCAAUGUCUGGUAUGAUGGUGCCAAAGCACUCGUCUGGAAAGAACUCCUCUGCAGCGGAGCUGACGAUGAAUACUCACUGUGCGGAACACUGAAAGGAGAAACACUUGACUCAGCAUUUGACAUUAAAGGCUCAAGAUUUGAAUUUCCAAAGGGCAAUUAUAGUAUUGUUGUGCAAGGAUUCUCUGAUGAUUCUGAGAAUAAUAUGGUCAUAUGCUUGAAUUUCACCAUGAUAGUAAAAUAAGAUGCUUUCUGAGUGCAACAAACUUCUCAAAUAAUUCCAGAAUAUGGAGGCCACUUCUGUGAGCAACUGGAAUCCAAGCUGUGAAGUAAUAUGCACACUGAAUUUCCUG